AUGUUGAUGCGGCUUCCUGAAGCUCUCUGCUCUUACAGGCCUGAAUGGUGUUUGAGAGGUCUCCAGUUUCCAUGUGUUCCUGCGGUGGUUCUGUAGAAGGACAGGUGACUAUACAGGCAAAAUUUGACAAAGACAUUUACCUCCCAGAGGAUGCUGAGUUUUACUUUGUUUAUGAUGGAUCCCUGAAGAGACACAUAAUGUUUGCUGAGCGAGUUAGUGACAACACUCUUCAGUCCAUAGUUCCAGGCCAUGGAUACCAAGAAGCAGUUUCUGUGUCUGUGUUAAUGUACAUGGUGGGUUUCUCACCUGUGGUCCUCGGCAGCUGUCCCAUCACUUACAGAGAGAAUCUGCUGUGCAAGUUGUCUCGCUUUCUGGUUGAUCACGCAGAAUGUGUCACCGCCACUAGUCACAAACUAUUGCUGGAUAAGUUUGGGCUAAGGAUGAAAGAUCUGCAAUCAUUGGAUACUGAGCUGAUGAUGGCUGUUGCUUAUGAAAAGUUGCCUUCAACCUGGAACAUCCUUGGAAGCUGCCCAGCAGAGCCUGAACAAAAAGAAACUCUCCUCCACCUUGUGAUGAAGCUGGGCUUGGUUAAACUUUCCCUGUUCUUGGCAGCCCAGCCUGGAGGGUCAUUAGCAUUAGCAUUACCUAAUGAGGAUGGAGCAACACCUUUAGAUUUGGCUUUACAUAAUGGACACUCCAAACUUUUAGAGAUCUUUACAAACUUCCAGGGCAGGCAGUCGCUUGACAUUUCAAGAGCAGAGAUCGGCGAGGGUGCCUGCAUACAGUUUGUUCAUUCAUCUGGAGCUCUGACGCUGACAUUCAGCCACACUGCACAGCACUUGCUGGAGUCAGACAUUCAGCUCUUCAGAAAAUACUACUGGGACAGACCUCUUCUUUACCAGAGUAUUAAUUCAAAUGAAGUUGAGACAGUGGAAGGUCCAAAAAUGCCCUGCAGUACAACACGCUCUGUAGAAGGUCCUGCGAGAUUGGCAUCUGAUGAGUUGUCCCAGGAUGAUAUAAAGCCUUUUCAAGACUGUGGGGUUCCUUCUAAAGAAAAUGAAGAUUAUGUCUUGUUGGACAUCGAGCACAGACACUCUACCCUUGAUGUACUUAGGAAAUUGAAGCCUCCCCCUACUUUCUUUGCUGCAACCAGACUUUCUCCCAUGCUGAGUGGAAAUGAUGAAGUAUAUGCAAACUGCAUGGUAGUAGACCAACAGGCUGGAGACUUAAAGACUAACUACAUUCAUGGAGAUGGUGUCAGCAGUGAAACGUGUCUGAAUCCCACCAACUCAAACCUGAUGGCUAAGAGCUCUUCAUCUCCCUCCCUUGAGAAGAAUGAUCAAUUUAUGUAUCUCCCAAAUGAAGAAAGCCAAAGGGCAGUAAAAAAGGAAGAAAAUGCAGGACCAAGACAUACCAUUUCACCUUCUCAUCUGUAUGUAGCAGAUUCUUAUCUUCCAUUCAAAACCCAUGGAUUUAUUAAGGAUCGGGGCCAACUUUAUGCUGACAUGAAAAGAAGAAGUUCAAGUCUUGAUGACCUUGAAGUAGACAAUGGAACUGGAGGUGUGUCGGACAGAUCCCAUGUUCACUACCCUCCCCUCAGCUCUUCAGAGGCCAUGGCUUCUAGCAGAGAUGGAUUGGACUUACCUACAAGUCUGCAGCCCAAGGAAUGCACAGUGUUUGGGAUUCGGUCGCGCUCCUAUUCCUGCUCCUCACCCAAAGCUUUGGUAGGAAGACCUCGCAUUCCUCGGGACUUUGCAGUUUCAAAGGAUUCAAAUGGAGAACGAGCGUGCAGCCUGCCCGAGCAGUCCCGGGAGCAAAGGAUUCAGGAAGAGGAAUGGAAUAAAUAUGUUGUACCCUCAAAAAAUGAGUCCGAAAAAUAUAAAGUGAGUCGAACUUUCAGCUUUCUGAUGAACAGGAUGACCAGCACACGGAAUAAAUGCAAGGCGAAGAAUAAAGAUACCAAAGAUAAAGAGAAGCCAACCAGGCACAAUUUUACAAAUGGGACUUUCCCAGGAGUUAUCCCAUGUAUGGUCUGUGAAAAGGCCCUCCUAGGAAAGGAGUCACUGCAGUGUUCUUAUUGCAGCCUGAUUGUGCAUAAAAGCUGCAAGGAGUGUGCUCCUGUGUGCACCAAGAAAUCCCAGGAGAGAUACCAUAAUAAAAACAAGCUCCAAGUUGGUGUAACAAAUUCCCUGCCUGGAGACAUUUCACAGAUGGUGCUAUCUUCAGUGCAUCCUUCUUUCUCAGCGCCUAUUGGACUGUCUCCUGGAAAGAGGGAAGCCUCACAACAGUCCUACCUCUUGUCCAAAAGUGUCCCCAGUGCCAGUUUGGAAAGAAGAGCUACACAAUUUUCUGAACAAGACUCUGAGACUAGCACCUGGAGGUCCAAGUCACAGUCUGAAGAGAUGUUACAAGCACUAGGGACCUUUUCUUCGACAGAUACUUUUAUGAUGGAAGAUGAUGUGGAUUUGUCUCAGUGGACUGAUCUCUGCACAGAUGCAGAAGAAUUUGAGGCAGAGUCCUGGAGUCUUGUUGUGGAUCCGAUGUUCUGCAGCAAGCAAGAAAAGGAUGUCGUCAAGCGGCAGGAUGUCAUUUUUGAGCUGAUGCAAACAGAAGUACAUCACAUCCAUACCCUGUUCAUUAUGUCUGAAAUAUUCAGGAGAGGGAUGAAGGAAGAGCUGCAGCUUGACCACAGCAUGGUGGACAGAAUAUUCCCCUGCUUAGAUGAGCUACUGGAGAUGCACAGGCAAUUCUUCUGCAGAAUGAAGGACAGACGGCAGGAAUCAUGUGAGGCAGGGAGUGAGCGCAAUUUUGUCAUCAGUAGAAUUGGAGACAUCCUUGUGCAGCAGUUUUCAGAGGAAAAUGCAAUUAAAAUGGAGAAAAUAUAUGGAGAGUUUUGUAGCCAUCAAAAAGAAGCUGUUAAUCUCUUCAAAGAGCUGCAACAAAACAAGAAGUUCCAGAAUUUUAUUAAACUGAGAAAUAGUAACCUGUUGGCACGACGCCGAGGAAUCCCUGAAUGCAUUCUGCUCGUCACCCAGCGAAUCACCAAAUACCCUGUUCUGGUUGAAAGGAUAUUGCAAUACUCAAAAGAAGGAACAGAAGAACAUAAAGACCUCUGCAAAGCCCUUCGUCUAAUUAAAGAUGUAAUAGCAGCAGUAGAUUUGAAAGUGAAUGAGUAUGAGAAAAAGCAAAAGCUGUUAGAAAUUCUCUGUAGAACUGAAAACAAAACAUAUACAAAGCUGAAAAAUGGCCACGUUUUUAGGAAGCAAGACUUGAUGAGGAAAGAGAGGAUACUGCUUCAUGAAGGUUUAGUGUACUGGAAGACAGCAACUGGUCGGUUCAAAGACACCUUAGCUCUGCUUCUAACUGAUGUACUACUGUUCUUACAAGAAAAGGAUCAAAAAUACAUCUUUGCAGCUGUUGACCAGAAGCCUUCAGUUAUCUCCCUUCAGAAGCUCAUAGUAAGAGAAGUAGCCAACGAAGAAAGGGGAAUGUUUCUGAUCAGUGCCUCGUCUGCAGGGCCUGAGAUGUAUGAGGUUCAUACUAGCUCCAAAGAAGAACGUAACAACUGGAUGAGGCAUAUUCAAGAGGCAGUAGAAAGUUGUCCGGAGGAAGAAGAAGAAGUAAAAAUGAAUGAAUCUGAUGAGGACAGACGCAUUGCUGAGGCCAAGGCAUACAGAAUUCAGAAAUAUCAAGAAUUACUGAGUAACCACGACCAGCAAAUCUGCAGUUAUUUAGAAGAAAAGCUGCGCAUCUACGCAGAACUGGGAGAUCUGUGUGGGUUUGACGAUGUCCAUGUAGAACCUCACCUACUUAUCAAACCCGAUUCUGGAGAAACUCCUCAGGCUGCUUCACUGCUGGCAGCAGCACUCAGAGAGGUUGAAAGUCUCCAUGUUGCUGUAACAACAUCACAAGUGAGUGAAACAGACAGCUCACCAGAGGAAAGUACUGAGGAAGUAAGUGUGGAGCAUGGAUGCACUGCCAAUGAAAUAGUGGAAUCUGUUCUGGGUGAUGCAGAUAGAAAAGAAAUUGAAGAAUCACCAGAAAUCGAUCUCAGUGUUGAAAAGGAAAUGGUAGGUGCCAAUCUUGAGGAUAAGGGAGCAAGUAUGAAUUUUUCAGAAUCUACAGGGACAGAGAUUGUACAAGCAAUCCAGAACUUAACCCGUCUCUUAUACAGCAUGCAGGCAGCACUGGCUAUCCAGGACAGCCACAAAGAACUCCAUAAAUUACUACUGCAAGAGAAUGAGAAGACCAGUCGGAGCCACGGCUCUCGGCUAAACCUUGUUUUGGAACAAGAGAAAUAUCGGAAUCUGGAGAAACAAAGGGUGGAACUGGCCGACACGGACAAACUGAAGCAGCAGUUUCAGCAGGAGCAGCAGCGGUGGCUGCGUGAAUGUGAGCAGCGGCAGCGGGAGCAGGAGGCGAGGGAGAGCUGGCUGGGGCAGCGGAAACGGGAGUGUGAGUGCCAGGAGGAGCUCCUGGAGCAGAGCCGUCAAGGACUGGCGCUGCAGCUGCAAGAGUACCAGCACAGUCUGGAGAGGCUCCAGGAGGGACAGAAAAUGGUGGAGAGAGAAAGAGACAAUGUGAAAAUGCAGAAGAAACUCGUGUGGCACUGGAAGCAUGGCCAGCAAAACAGCCUGUUUUCACGCACAGGGGACUAUGAGAUCUGAACACAUCACAGACCCAGGGUCCCCAGAAAAGUGUUCCAAACCAGGGAUCCAUCCAGUCACCAUAGGCAGAUGAACUGCUGCUGAACCACCAGCCUGAGAGCCUGCAGAAUGCAGAAAAUGGAGCCAGAGUAGAGGAAAAGAUUGUUUACAUCUGAUAACUUGUUUUCUAAUCUCAGUAGCACUUUGGAAAGAUAACUGUGUUUGCUUUUCUGAAUUUCUGUAGUUGUUCUCUGUAUGACCAUCUGGCUUUAAGGGUAGUAUUUAAUAGUAAAUGCGAAAAUUUCCCCAUGAUAAAUAUAGCAAGUAAGUUAUUUUGAAACCCUUCCUGUAUAAUCUUUAGUUUAUGACAUGAUUUCAAAUUCUUUGCAAGAAGAAAAUGAGUAGCAGGGGAGACAACAUUUUGAAAUUGUAAUGAUGCCAUGAAGGACUGCGAAAGCUAGUGCUGAUUUUCUUGAGUCCUCUUUUUACAAGAAUGAGCUAAGAGAAAUGGGUCUGCUACUUGAGAUUUCAGAGUGUGUAUCAGUAACCUUUUAACAGUUGUGAUAUAACAUGAAAAGAGAGCAAUGUAAGAAUGAUGGCUCUAGUCUUCACUGAAAUAUGCUAUAUACCCUUAGCUGUUGGGUCAUUUUCCUUAUUUUCUAGCUCAGGAACUGCUCAGAAGGGGAUGUUUUUUUAUGGUCUGAGCAUAAUUGCAUAAUUGUAAGUGUUUUUUCAUGUCCCAAAGCCUAUUAUCAUUUUGAUACUACUGCCAGUUUCUGUGCAGAGAUGCACUAAAUCAGUUAUUGUAUUAUAAGUGUUCCUCAUUUCAGUAAGUGUACUUACACAUUAAAAUUUACCAGAUAAAACCAUCUCACUGGUCAAAAGUAAAAAAGGGGGAUAAAUAGUAGGCUUCAGUUAACUGAACUCUUCUGAAACUGCACUGCUUUCCUUGUAGAAGUCAGAUCGAUUUCUGCUUUCAGAUUCAUGGAAUUCUCUGUGUGUUAGGCAGUAAGAAACAUGCUUUGUGCCUUUUUGUGCCUUCUUGUCUUUCUGAAAAAAUUGUACAUUUCUGUCAAACUAAAUAAAUAUUCUGUGCAUUUCUGCAAAA